AUGUCUGACAACCGCCAAACCCCCAACUCUAACCCCGGCUCUUCCCGGGAGCAACAAACCAAUACUCCACAAGACCAUUCGGAUGGCGAAGAUGGUACUCGUACCCCGCUGCCGUCGUACUCAGAUUACAUACCAGAACUGCCGGGCGAAAGUCAAUUUUUCCCUACAGAGGCUUAUCAACCUGACGUCAAAACGAGCUCCAAUGGCUGGCCAUCUGAGCCGCUGUCCCAAAUUCCAACUGCGCACUCAGACCUUCACAAUUAUAAUACUGGUUUAGAUUCGCCUACUGCUUCCAGUCUCUCGACAAGAGCUGGAAGCUCUGUUAAUUACGAAGGCCUCGCCGUACCCGUGAGCCAUGACUUCAUCGAGACGGCGCCUCCACCAGCAUAUAGUGAGGUCGGUGAAAGUUACCUCGAAAUCGAUCAAAAUGGGCUUUCGAGUAAAGCCCGGAUCUUAGACGAUGGUCGUAUCGACAUCAGCAUCAACCAACGCUCAAGAAAGUUUUCCAAUAUCCUCCUCCCGGCCCUAAAUCGGACUCUUAGUCAGAUCCAGCCUCCGGUGGCUCUGAUCAAACCAGAACCGAACGUCCCUAGAGGUCUCCAGGGCAAAGAUGUCCCGAAACUCAACAUUGUCAUUCAAAUUAUCGGCUCGAGAGGAGAUGUUCAACCGUUUGUUGCCCUAGGGAAGGUCCUAAAAAACAACCCUCCAUACCAUAGAGUCAGGAUAGCGACGCAUGCCACCUUCCAUAAAUUUGUCGAGGAGAAUGGUCUUGAAUUUUUCUCCAUUGGCGGAGAUCCUGCCGAGCUCAUGGCUUUCAUGGUAAAGAAUCCAGGAUUGAUGCCGGGGUGGGAUAGUUUGAAACAAGGUGAUGUCGGAAAGAGAAGAAAGGCUAUGUACGAGAUGCUAUUGGGUUGUUGGAGAAGUUGUAUCGAGGGUGGGAACGGAUUGACGCAUCGGAAAAACCUAUUGCCGCACACUGGCGAGGAAAGCGAAGAAGGCGUCUUUAUUGCGGAUGCAAUUAUCGCGAAUCCACCUAGUUUUGCCCAUAUACACUGCGCAGAAAGAUUGGCCAUUCCUCUACAUCUAAUGUUCACUAUGCCUUGGACACCGACCCAAAGUUUCCCACACCCUCUCGCCAAUAUCAAAAGCUCAAACACUGAAGCCAACAUUACGAAUUUCUUGACCUACACAAUGGUCGAGAUGAUGACAUGGCAAGGCCUAGGAGAUUUAGUUAACAAAUUUCGAGAAAAGACACUUGGUUUGGAUCCCGUUAGUACAAUGUGGGCGCCGGGUAUGAUUCAGAGAUUAAGAGUGCCGCACACAUACUGCUGGUCCCCGGCAUUGAUUCCAAAACCUCAGGACUGGGGUGAACACAUUAAGAUCUCGGGCUUCUACUUUUUAGAUCUUGCAAAUAAUUAUACUCCUGCCGAAGAUCUCGCCGCAUUCCUAGAUGCUGGCCCACCUCCAGUAUACAUCGGAUUUGGGUCUAUUGUCGUUGACGACCCGAACGCACUUACUAAUAUGAUAUUUGAGGCGAUUCGAUUAACAGGUAUCAGAGCUUUGGUAUCUAAGGGAUGGGGAGGCCUUGGAGGCGAUUCUUUGCAAAUUCCUGAAAAUGUCUUCAUGUUAGGAAAUUGUCCUCACGAUUGGCUUUUCAAGAGGGUCGCUUGUGUCGUCCAUCAUGGUGGAGCUGGCACAACCGCCAUUGGUAUCGCGCUUGGGAAGCCGACGGUUAUCGUUCCAUUCUUCGGAGACCAACCUUUCUGGGGAUCCAUGGUUCACCGUGCAGGCGCCGGACCAGCUCCUGUUCCUUUCAAGGAAAUGACAGCAGAAAUACUUGCUGCCUCGAUCAAAUUUGCACUAAGCCCUGAAGCACAGACAGCGGCGGGUAAAAUCGCAGAAAAAGUCAAACAGGAAGCUGGAACGGUUACUGGAGCAGAUAGUUUCCAUUCCUCCUUGGACAAGCAAAAGCUUCGAUGUAUGGUUGAUCCUAGGCGAGCAGCAGUUUGGAGGAUAAAACGAACAGAGGUUAGACUGUCGGCAGUUGCAGCAGCGUUCCUUCAGUCACAAGGGCUCCUAUAUUAUAGUGAUCUUAAAUUGUGUCGGCAUCAAGAAUGGCAAACAGCAACUGGACCGAUUGAACCCAUAUCUGGUGCAACAUCUGCGCUGCUUGGUACAAUCGGUAGCGUCGUAAUGGGUGUCGGCGAUUUCCCCCGAGAAAUCUUCAAGGCUGCAAAACAAGUUACCACAAAGGAUGAUAUAGGCUCUAAUGCAGAUUCUAGCUCAAUCGCCAGUGCACCUUCAACCGCUCCCUCAACUGCCCCCCCAACUGCUCCCCCGACUUCCUCUGGGUCUGGGUCUGGCAAUCAACCUUCGCUCCUUUCUUCAUCGGCGACCCAUAGUAGAAAACCUUCGUUUGAAUCUUCGAGAGAUGCUGAAAUUACAUCACUAUCAAGUUUUGAGUCGAGGUCUGAGCUAAGAUCAUUGCAGUCCAACGACUCUCUAGAAUUUAUUUCCCAACCACCACCGCCGCCAUCUGCGGCUACCUUCCCUCAGCCUACGAGCAACCCAAUCCCGCACACAAGUAGCUUUCCUUCGAUGACAUCAGCCCCGGGAGCGAGUGGUGUAUCAUCCCACCGCGCUGUUAUGGGAUCCGCUCUAAGUGGUGUUCAUCGGUCACGGUCUAACUCCCCAAUUCGACGAUUUCGUGAGGCCUGCGAUGCCCGAGCAGAAGCUAGAGUGACGAGGUCUAGCACCGACUUACCACAGGCUGUUGGGAUUUCAUCCUCACGGUCAUCCUCGCCGCAUCGUAAACUCCACAAAGAGCGUACAUUCCCAACGGAUAGCCGAGAAACCCAUAAGCUUCAUAAGGAACAUACUUCACAAUCAGUCCCAGAGGCCGGUAGGUCUGCCACACCAAGCGCGGAUUCGCUGGCAGCCUCUCAGAAAGAAAGUGUCAAUCUCGAGGCAUGGCUUGGUACAGGGAAAGGGGCUGGUAGAAUUGCGGGAGCUGUGAUGAAAUCGCCAUUGGAUUUUACACUUGCAUUGGCUCAAGGGUUUCACAAUGCACCACUGCUGUAUGGUGAUACAACAGUCAGAAAGCAAGAGAAAAUUACCGGAAUGGGUAGUGGCCUUAAAGUUGCUGGUAAAGAGUUUGCCUUCGGGUUUUACGAUGGUAUAGCAGGGCUUGUAACCCAACCAGUCCAGGGAGCUAAAGAGGAGGGGCAUUUAGGUUUCUGGAAAGGUUUCGGGAAGGGAAUCGGUGGUGUAGUUUUGAAGCCUGGGGCAGCAAUUUGGGGCGUGACUGGAUACACGUUCAAAGGGCUGUAUGAGGAAAUUAGGAAACAUUCACAUACAGAUAUUAGCGGCUAUAUUGUGACUGCAAGAAUCACUGAGGGCAUUCAGGAGCUGAGGACGUUCCAACAGUCAGAGCUGGAAACUAUGCUUAAACGGUGGAAGGCAUUGAAUGUGGAGCGCGUGGGUAGUAGGGUAAAACAAAAGAAGGAUAAGGGGAAGGGGAAGGAGAAAGAAAAAGAGAAGGAGAAGGAAAAAGACAAGAAAAAAAAGAACAAGAACAAGAACUUUACUUGUGGCACGAAAGAUGAAGUUGCUGUCGAACUUGCCGCCGACGAAGACACCAGAGCAGAAGAAGAGAUUGAAGAUGCACCAGAAAACCGAUACUGUCCAACAAUAGGGCCAAUGCUCGACCGCGAAACGACAGAGGCUCUUGCUUCGGUAGCGGGGUACCCGGCUCGUCAACCUACCUACAACUUAAGAGCGCCGGCCUGGUCCCCUGACCAUGUUGGGCUGGUACAACAGGCGUCGCAGCCACCGGCUCAACGGACAUUAGAGGGGGUGGAGAAUCAUGAAGAGCUCGAGCGGGCCAUUCAAGAAUCUGUCCGCCAGACUUCAAGAGGAAAUGUACAUGAGGAUCAAUUGAUUGAGCAAGCAAUCAGGACUUCACUAGCAGAAGUUGUCAACCAAGAUUCUGGGGAAGAUGAUGACACUGUCCUGAGGCGUGCGAUUACAGCAUCACUUGCGAAUACUGGCGAACCGCAAGGAGAUGAAGAUGCUCAUGCCCAAGCAAUCCAACAAGCAAUUACAAAGAGUCUCGCUGAGUCCCAUUCCAAGCAGGUUCACAAUGAUGUUGAUCCCGAUGAACUCGCAAGGGCUAUUGAAGAGAGCAAGAAUGUGGCCCAGCCUCAUCAAGAGGCAAACCAGGAUUUGGAACUGGCAUUGCAAAUGUCGAAGCGGGAAGGGGGGAGUCAGGCCGGUGAUGUAGAUGAUGCUCUACAGAAAGCUCUACAAAUUUCCCAGGAAGAGGAGGAAAGGCGGCGACAGGAAAAAGAGGAAGAAGAAACGGUAAUGAAGUACGUCAUGAGGAUGAGCCUGGCGGAGCAGAAGUAUAAAGCUUUUGCGAUAAGGGAGGACGAUGGUGGUGCGAGCUCAGUUUAUGGCGUUAACUACAAGCCCGGUGGCAGUUCAAAGGAGGCAGAACAAGAUGAACUUGAACGGGCAAUCAUGGAAAGCCUAAAGUUUGGGCAACAACCAUAA